AGAACUCAUCUAGUAGCUCAGCAGAGCUAGCUGGACCUAUAUCCCCUCCUCAUCCUUUGACUCUUUAGUUACAUCAGAAACUUCCCCUCUCUCUCUCUUCCUCUAUCCCUGUCACUCUGUUUAUAACCAGCACAUUUCUUAGAGAGGAACAAAAGUCUGGAUUUCCGUGACUGUUUGCUUCUGUGCUGUCCGGCUACUAUUUUCAGGGAUCUUGUCCCAAAGCAGGACUGGUGUCUAAGGAACAGAACCAGAACACUGAGAAGACAGAACUGUAAGGAUGAAGAUUACACAUCUGGUGAUUUUCCUUCUCUGUCUCACCUUGGGAAAGACAAAUCCAACGCACUCAGUAAUAUGUGAGCUGAGCAUGCAGGAGGAUGAAACAAAUUUUACAGUGAAUUAUAGAAAUGACGUCACCGUUAAGGGCUGCGUGAGACGGGGAACCACCAGGGAUGUGUAUGUGCUGAACGUCAAGGAUGUUCAAUUUAAGUAUUGGUCACUGGAGAUCAAAAUUGAAGGCCACCAGAAUGACGCCGAGCAACCAGUGCUGAUUGUAAACACCAUUGGGGCAUUUGGAAUGAACAUCAAUGUCACAGGGUCUACUGUUCCAAUCACACUGCUUCAUAACACAGGCAUACAUGUCGUUGCGCCACAUAUAAUAGUGCUUAAACAAGAGACUCUUACUGAAGACAGUGAGGGGCUUUUUUCGUGGGCCAAGAACAAAUAUGGAAGUGUCACUUUCUUCAGUGAACUGCAGAAGCCAGAAAAAAUUGUUCUUUGGAUACGUAGUGACCUCAAUAGACCCGAGUCCUGUAAUUUGAAGAGUCAUUUUCUGGCCACAGGCAUCCUUGAAGCCGAGUACAAAGCGAAACGAAGAACGUGCAUGCUCUCUGAAGCCAGUGGCAUGUACGAGGCCUACGUAGUGCAUGUGACUAACGCGUUUCAUCCAAGCAGCUCUUCCUAUAUUGACAUGACGAUUAAAACAAACCGUGACGAAUGUAAAGCCAACCAGCUCGGAUUUUUUAAAGACAAUAAUGGCAGAAAUUGGAAGUUGACGUUGCCGAAAGAAUUCAAGUUUCUGGGACAGGACAUAUUUAUGUCACAAUUCAAUGAGACUUUUAAAGGCAAACAUCUCCCUAAUACUAUGAAAGAUCUAAUUCAGAAUGUCACCAACCACGGAAAUAUCAGUAGCAUAUCAUAUGUGGAGAUUCCUGAAGCUAGUUCGAUCACCCUGACUGUGCCUUGCAACACUGAAGACAGAAAGGAAACAACACAAAAUCCUCCAGAUCCUGAAGUUUCUGACAAAAGUAUUGGCUGUUAUAAUAUACUGAACACUUUCAGCCCGAAAUGUAAUGAUGAAUACCUGAUGAUAACUAUAGAAGAACGUGUGCUUGAGGUAUGCCCACUGCAUCCAAGUAAAAUUGAAAUAACCCUGGAAGACCCCAAAUGCAAAGUACAGAGUAACAGUGGUUUUUGGGAACUGUUGACACCACUGCAAAGCUGUAGGAACAAUCUUAUUGGUCAACAAGAAAUUACUAAUGCGUACAUUCUAAAAAGUGGAAAUCAAACGUUAUCGAUCCCGUUCAUCUGCAAGGUCCCUGUCUUUGACCUAGAGCUGUCAUACAGCUCUGACUUCAGUGACACCCCAAAAGUACUACACACUGGCAAGAAGGUCUAUGCAAAGAUCAAUGCCACUUUUCACCCUACUGUGAACAUGCACUUCAAUCCUUUGAAUCUAACUAAAUGCAAACUUCACGUGGGAGAGAAAGAGCAGAGACUGGAUGUGGGUACCAUAGUUCCAAAAUUAAACCACCAAAGAUACAGCUUCAGCUUUGAAUUCACCCCUAUGCUUGAAGACGCAAACAUCAGUGAACUGAAUUGCUCCUUCUGCCUUUUAGAUUAUAAUAAGAAGGUCUGCCAUGAACACCUUUACCUUCAUAGGUCAUGGAAUGUGACAAUUAACAACGAUUCCACAGUUUCAAAGCUGGGCAUGUCGUCUGUGAUUGGCAUCACCUUUGCAGCAUUUGUGGUGGGAGCACUCCUGUUAGCCGCUGUGUGGUACAUCUACACUCGCUCACGCUCUUCUAUUAAGAUGCAACCGGUUCCUACAACGUCUGGCGGAUCUGAGAAUAGCAGCACAAACCAGAGCAUGGACAGCACACACAGCACGCCCUGCUCCACCAGCAGCCGAGCGUAGCUCCAGGAAACCAGCUCGGAACAGAACCUACACGGUUCUAGCAGAAAAACAUCAUCAAUGCGUCCACCUGCAGGCUGACAACUAGGACCUUGGGCACUGGCUGAAAAAAGGGCCCUCAAUUACAUGCCCCGACAGAGCCAGGUUACAUCAGCAGGCCCCAUGACAAUGAUAUUGCCCUAAACAGCCAAAGCAUCAAUUUAGGGCGAAAAAAGCACCCAAUUUAAUAAUCUGAAUCCACUGAUAGCACAGAGUAUACUAUUAGCAGUGGGAGUAAACAGCCUGCACUAUACGUACAUCUGGACUUUAAAAAUUUACUUUUUUUGUUUUGUUUUUAACUAUAUUUAUUCAGGGAGGGAAUAACUAAAACCGCAUCUUAUUGUAUCUACUGGUUGAUAACAAGGAGUGGGCAGAAGCGAAUAGUAAUAUCCCAUUUCCAGAAGGGUGGUCUUCUAAAUACUGCCCCUGUUGGAUCUAGGUUAACCCCUUGAAAACUAAAGAGGGCUGUGCAAUGCAUUACAGCCCUUUCAACCACUCCAAGGGGUGAAAUUAAUUAAAAAAGAACCUAAAUUCCAAACUGUUAUGGGAUUCAUUUAUAGAAUCCAAACUUUAAAGCACUGAUCCAAUCAUGCAUAUGUGUAUUCAAUAUAAUGGCCAAUACAUCUAUACUCACAAUGCAAAUCAAUUCCUUAACCAUGCAUCUCUUUUGGAAAUACUAUUUCUUUACAUUUUUACUGUUGUGGAUAUUUACUAUUUUGUUUAUUAUUACUGAAAUCAUAUUUGAUUAAUGAACCAAUGACAUGGCGCUCAUCUAUUGGCUGAGGUUUCAAAUGAUCAAAAUAAGUGUCAUAUUGUGAAAUAUAAUACGAGUUAAUUAAUUGUUGAGAAAGUAUGGUGUAGAUUCAAAAUAGAAAAAUCAAGAUUGCAUAGUGCAAUAUUCAGCAACACAAGCUUUAUUGCAAUAUCGUGUUUGGCGCCAUACCGGUAACUGAAAAAAGUCUUCAGGGCGCAAGCAUUUAAGUUUAAAUACUGUGUAUGAAGAUAACAUAAAAGUGCAAAAAUAUGUUGUAAUUUGUUGUAGCAUUUUAUUAUUGCGUCUAAUCCUAGGUCACUCUGUGUUUAAAUAAUAUCAACAGUCUCAACUAUUUUAUUUCACUUUUUAAUUAUGAUAUAAGGAAUAAUAAUGUUUUAUGCAUUUCUUUACAGAAUAAUGGGAAGCUUUUGUAAAGAAACGUAUAAAACAUUAUUAUUCCUUAUAUGAAAACCAAAAAGGCUUAAAAAGUGAAAUAAAGAUGUGACAAAAGGAAAUACAAAAAGUUAUUCUAUUAAAUUAUUUAUAUAAACAUACCCAAUUAUGUAUUCAUUGCUUCAUAAUCUCAUAAUCACCCAAAACAAAGCCAUUAACCCACUAAUAUGUGAGAACUGACUAAAAAGAAAAAAGGUAUGCACCAAGAUGAAUAAAAUACUCAUAAAAAUGUAUUGAAUGGGGCAGGAAAUAGAAACCCCAACAUUUUUCUUUUGUGAUUCAGAUAGAGUGUACAAUUUAAAACAACUUUCCAAAUUGCUUAUAUUAUCAAUUUUGCUUCAUUCUCUUGGUAUUCUUUGUUGAAGGAGCAGCAAUGCACUACUAGGAGCUAGCUUAACACAUCAUGUAAGCCAGUGACAAGAUGCAUAUAUGUAAAGGCACUAAUUAACAGCUAGCUCCCAGUAGUGCAUUGCUGCUCCAGAGCCUACCUAGAUAUGCUUUUCAACAAAGGAUACCACGAAAAUGAAGCAAAUCAGCUAAUAGAAGUAAAUUGAAAAAUUGGUUAAAUCUGUAGAUUCUAUCUAAAUCAUGAAAGAAAAAUGUUGGGUUUCAUGUCCCUUUAAGUAAAGUAUGUGGAAAUCACUUUAAUUGGUUCCCUUUCUUUGGAUCAAAAGUAGUAACAGGAAUGUAUAUUAAUAUGCAACCAUGAUGUACAUAUUCAUUUCAUAUAAGAGUCCCAUUACCCUCCUGUUGGAGCAGUAGCUCGCGACCUGACGUAUGUUUCAAAAGCUGCUUUAAGGUUCACAAAGGAUUUAACCUCAAAGUUUAAAUCCUGCAAUGCAUUGCCUCACCUGAUUAGGUCACAGCCAAUUAGCAGAUCUCCUAACCAUCCCAGAUCCCCCAGGAUUGUUACCGGUUGGGAGGUCUGGCCCACUUCCCACCUGUAGGCAUCUUCAGGAUAUCGCCGUUUUCCAACAUUGCCCAAGCUCCACAUAUGACGCACUCGACCACGCCCAUGCAUAUGAAUUAGCCAAUCAGAAGUGGGGUACUCUUAUAGCUGCCAACUAAAGGCCAUGCCUUGCUGAUGAUCCGUUAAGAAUCGUGGCUGUUGCAAAAUAUUAACCCUUUUAGUUAGAGGCAGUCAUUUGUGCAAUAGUAACACAAUACAAUAUUUUGUAUUGCACUAUUAUAUACCUUUGAGUCUUUUCAAAUGACAACUUUAUGCUUUAUUUAAAAAAAAAAGAUAUAUAUUGUAUAUUGGAUCACCAUUUCAAAGCUUACUUCUAUUGUAUUUUCAAUUAAAGGGAUAUUCCGGUCAGAAUUUAAAUGCACAUAGAUGAAUUACAUCUUCGAAUAAACACAUAUAUACAAUAUAGAUGUAUUGGCAAAAAUGCUUCUAGUAAAAAAAAAAAAUCACUGUUUUAGUGUUAACAUUUUUCUCUGCACGUGCAUGCGAUGCAUAGCUAGAUAUUCUCAGUGCACCAGCAUUUAAAAUACUGCAGCUGUCCAGAGCACCAGUGGGGCUUGUAUGAUGUCAGCAACUUAAAAAUUGAGUCAUUACCAAAUACUACAUGCACCUUAGGCUCUCUGAGCCAGUGCUGUGUUUAAAAUGCUGGUGCACAGCGCAUACUUAAAUACACAUUUGAAACAGCUAUUGCUUUUAUUAGAAACAUUUCUGAUUAUACAUGUAUAUUACAAAAAUACUUCUAUUCAAAACUGAAAUGCACCCAUGUGGAUUUACAAUUUUGGCUGGAAUGUCCCUUUAAAUCAAGAGAAUUUAAUUUGUGCUCUAAGCAAUUUGGAAAAUAACAGGUAUUAGGAUACUGGGCCAGUUCACAAUAUAAAGGAUCAGAAUGCUAGUUAUUGUAGUAAGUAGUUAAUGAUGGUUGUAUAUAUUAAUUUUGUAUUAUUUUACAAGUUGUAGAAAAUGUAUUUUGAUAUGUGUAGUAAUGUGUCUAUAUAUGUUGGUACAGUAUAUAUUGUUUAUAAUAUUACUAAAAUAUUCUAUGUCUUUUGUAUAAAAAUUGUACGGCAAAAAAAUGGAUUCAUUCUUUCCUGCCUGCCAGACGGACUUAAGUGCCAUGUAAGAUGUUUAUGCCUGGACUGCAAAGGAAUCUUGGACAUUCAAACCCUCGGCAACUAAGAGGUUAAAAUGGAACACAAUUAUUUUGUAAUAUAUUCACUAGCCUUAAAAAAUAUACAUCAUGGAUCAAUUGGUAAAUUAUAAUAAAUGUAUGUUAUAUCUGCUCCAAUCUGUAUUAAUAAUACUUCUUUCAGCAAUGGUGUUGGAUCCCCCUAAAUAAAAUUCUUAAAGUGAUAAGUGCUGCAAUACAAUUUUAGAUCCAUUGUAGCAAUUUCCAAAACUGCUACUAUUUUAGAAAAUCGUAGGACCUCCUUCUUUAAAACUCAUUAGGGUGCUAUAUUGUGACCAAUCACAAGUUGCAUCGGCAGAGUCAUCUGUGCAGACAAUACCAGCGUUAAUUUGCUUAAGAAAAAUAUAAGACAUAAAGUGUGCAUGGAACCGAAUAUGCUCAGCCUGAUUACUAAUGUGGAAUAUAAUAUAGGAGGCAACAGAAAUGUGUGUCAAAAUAUCCUUUAAAGGACAAGUAAAUACAGUAGAUGUGCAUAAUCAACAAAUGCAUGAUAAAAAGACAAUGCAAUAGCACUUAGGGGUAGAUUUAUCAUAGUGCGAGCGGACAUGAUACGAUGUAGCGUAUCAUGUCCACUGCACAUUGAUAAAUGCCGACAGCUGGUGCAAUGCAGCCCCCUGCAGAUUCGCUAGCAGGGGGUGUCAAUCAACCUGACGAUCGUAUUCGAAAUCAACCCGAUCGUAUUCGAUCAGCUUGAUUUCUGUCCACGGCCUCAGAGCAGGCGGACAAGUUAUGUAGCAGCGGUCUUUAGACCGCUGCUUCAUAACUUCUGCAUCAAGCUCCAUACGGAGCUUGAUAAAUCGGCCCCUUAGGGGCAUAUUUAUCAAGCUCUGUGUGGCUCGCCAGAAACACCAGUUAUGAAGCAACGGUCUAAAGACCGCUGCUCCAUAACCUGUCCGUCUGCUCUGAGGAGGCGGACAGAGAUAGCCGCAAUUCAACCCUAUCGAAUACGAUCGGGUUGAUUGACACCCCCCUGCUAGCUGCCGAUUGGCCGCGAAUCUGCAAGGGGUGACGUUGCACCAUCAGUUCACAAGAGCUGCUGGUGCAAUGCUGAAUACGGAGAGCGUAUUGCUCUCCGCAUUCAGCGAGGUCUGUCGGACAUGAUCCGCAAUGUCGGAUCAUGUCCGACAGGCCUUUCAUAAAUAGGCCCCUUAGUCUGAACUUCAAAUGAGUAGUAGAUUUUUUUUUUCUGACAAAUGUCAGUUAUGUCUAUUUCCACUCCCCCUUUAUCAUGUGACAAUCAUCAGCCAAUCACAAAUGCAUAUACGUAUAUUCUGUGAAUUCUUGCACAUGCUCAGAAGGAGCUGGUGAAUCAAAAUGUGUAAAUAUAAAAAGACUGUGCACAUUUUGUAUGGAAGUAAAUUGGAAAGUUGUUUAAAAUUAUUGCUCUGUCUGAAUUAUGAAAGAUUAAUUUUGACUUGAGUGUCCCUUUAAAAUAAUGGAAAUGUAACAAAACACGUAUUAUACAAAGAGUGCUUUGAUGUUAUUGGACUAAACCAUAACUUACUUGUGCAAAAUAACAUUAUUUUUUACUUGAUAGCAUUGUGGCAGAAUAUACUUGUGCCAAACAUAUUCACACAUUUCAUUUAACAUAAACCCAUAAUGUCAAUACUGGCUAUAGGGAAAAAUCACUGUAUCGUGUAAGUAGUUUAAAGGGACAUGUAACCCAAAAUGUUUCUCUCAUGAUUCAGAUAGAACAUAUCACUUUAAAUAACUUUUCAAUCUACUUAUAUUAUCAAACUUGCUUCAUUCUCGUGGUAUCCUUUGUUGAAGGGGCAGCAAUGCACUACUGGGAGCUAGAUGAACACAAUGGGAUAGCCAAUCACAAGAGGCAUAUAUGUGCAGCUACCAAACAGAAGCUAGCUCCCAGCGGUGCACUGCUGCUCCUGAGCCUACCUAGAUAUACUUUUCAACAAAGGAUACCAAGAGAAUAAAGCAAAUUAGAUAAUAGAACAUCCUGGACAAGGAAGCUGCGCUUUGCUAAGGAAAAUAACUAAUAUAAUCACGUACAUCAGUGUCCUGAUAUCCUACAUGGUAACAUUAUAAACACCUGCAACACUGUGAGACUGUCUGACGGGGAAGCAAAUCCUUAUAAGCUAUUAUAUGCCCACUUGUAUAUCUGUGUAUAAUUAUGGAAUUGUUAUCAAGAUUAUUGAGUUUUAUUGAUAAUAAAAUAUUAAGAAACAA